AUGCCUGAAUCAUUGGCAAAAUUUACGAUGCUAAGAGAUACAGCGGAGUUCUGGCCCUAUAACGGUAGGAAUAGCGACUUUGUUAAACGUGUUGUCGAGAUGUGUGAGGAGAGAGCCAUUCAAUUUAACCACCCUAAAGAGGAGCAGAGGGUGGCAUUGGGCAGUGCUAUAGCUGUGAGAUAUAGCCGAGGGCAAUAUGAGGCGUGUCAACGACUUUGCCACAAACAACUGGAGUGGUCCGCUGAAAUCACAGGGAAUCCAGAGGGUGAUGGUUACGGUGUCUCUGCAUGCUUCGACCUCUGCGACCUGUACUUUGAAUGGGACCGCUACGAUGAAAGCGAGCCGUUCUACAGACUGGCCAUCAAGGGCUAUAUGGCACUAGGCAACACUGUCGGGACUCAGAUGAGUUUCCAUGCCCUGGAGGGGCUUCUUGGAUACCAGGGAAGGGACGAAGAGAUCGUAAAGCUCCACAAGGAAUAUGCAUACCUCGACUCAGAGCUUGAUGACUGGAAAUUGGACGCUGCAGAGAUUGAAGUAUGA